AUGGCCAUUGAUUUUGGACCAGUGGCUGUAGGACAAUUUCACCGGUCAUUUCGGCGAGAUAGUUUGUCUCCUUACUCCUACGUAUCAACUCCGUCCCAUGACCACAGUACUUUCCCUCUGAAAGGUUUAGAUCGGACCCCAGUUCCUCACAGGAUAUGGCAGAACUCCCUUGGAAUGCACCCUGGACAAGUGGAGACAUCUCCCACAUUUUCAGAUAAAGGGGUUCCAUUUCCUGUACUCCAGAGGUUUCCAGCUGAGGUUACCUAUACGCUGCAGCCCAGCACCACAUCUGUCCAUGUUCAACAAGGUCCUCAAACAAUGGUCAGCUCCUCCCAAAAAUACAGUAACUACACACCCUCAGCACAGUACUCGCAAGCCUACUAUCCAACAGCUGUGCUACAGUGCUGUUCUCCUACCCACAUGGAUGCUCUAAGUAGUUGUGUCACUCCCACUGCCUCUUCCUAUGCACACUGCAACUACUUCCAGAAUCCUUCAAUGCAAUCCUCCUAUCCAGUUGAAUUUUUGCCUUCCAAUUGGCCCUGCAGUACUACUGAUGAAAAUAAAAAGACAGAAGUAAACCUAGAGGCUGUCUUUCAGAUAGUAGAUGAGUUGCAUUCCUCCCCUAAAUUGGAGAUGGUAAAGGUGGAGCCUGUUGAGAAUCAGUGCCCAACAUCUCAAUCUAACAGAGGCCAACACAUUCUAGCUAAUUCUAACAACAGCAAUCCAUGUUCUGCAAGUCAGGCUAGCCAGCUGGAGCCACUUACUCCUGUAGGCUCAGAUAUUAUGUCUUUUGUGGUUGGAACAGAACAAGCAAUUGCCUGCUCUCUACCACAGUCACCUGAGUACAUCUAUACCAUCCACACAGCUCAGCCUGUUGAAAAUAGCACAAUACAGGAAUCUGCAGCCAUCCAGCAAGCUCAUGUCAAACUGAAGGAGCACCUAAAUCAUAAUCCAUCUCCAUCUUCAGUAGUAUUUGUGCAGGAAGGGCCACCAUUCAGCACACACCAGGUGGAUGCCAAUAUAAAAUGCCAGACCAGUUCACGUGAGAAUAUCUUGCCUUCAGAACAGAUGGGAUUCCUCAUUUCAGAAAUGGGGCCUGCUAGCAAGCCUAGCAAAGACACAGGUUUAGCCACUCCAGCCAGAUACAGAGAGCACAGAAGCAACUCACAACAAGGAAAGUCCCCUGAUCUUCAUCUGCUGGUGGACGUGGCCUGCAAGCAGGAGCACUUUCCAAAGGAGGAAGAAUUAAAAGAGUGAGGCAUGGAUGACAAAUGUGACAUUGUGCACUAGCUGUAGCUGGAGGCAGACUAGCCUUGCACGUGACAAACUGUUGGGAUUUUUUCAGUUCUGUUAAGGAAAAAAAGUAUUUUUUGUUUCGUUAAUUGAGAAUUUUGUUAAUUGAGAAUUGGGAAUUUGCUAUGUACUACAGCGGUUCAGUUCAGAUUAUCUGCCUUGACAAACUACCGAACAUCUAGCAGCCAUGUUUUUUGGCUGCCCAGAUCCCUUUUAAAUGAAAAGUUCUGACCUUCUGUUAUAGUUAAGGAGCAUCUAAAAACUGCUCCAUCUAUGGUACUAGAGAAUAAUCUGUGUGUGUGCUGAUUUGUCGUCUUGCCACUCAAACUGUAGUCAGCACAACUUUAGUGGGGAAUUCAGUCUCUCUGAUUCAAGUCACAGUGUGAUCCUUUUAGAGGAGAUCGUGUGAGAAACAAAGGCAUGUGAGGUCACCAACAUCACAGGUCUAAAUGCAUCAGGAAUUCCAGGGAAGAAACUCUGGAGAAGAGCUAAUUUUCUAAGUGAUUAACCAGGAAAUUCUCUUACUUCCUAACCUAGCAUUCUGUUUUAAGAGCAAGGCAUCCGGACUUGGACCAUCUAUCACACUUAACACUCCCUGAUUCUUUUAUAUUAAUGGAAGCAUUCUUCUAUUUUCGUAUCUUUCUUUCAUUUUAAUGAUAUAUUAUCAUAAAUGGUAAAAAGGUUUUAUUAAUAUAUCACUUACUUAAAUGUCUUUAAAGAAUUUAACUUGUUUUAUAUAAUUGUAUUUAUAAAUGCUGAUAGAUUGAAAGGUUUUAAAGUUUUAUAUUUUUAUUAUUGCAGGAUAGAAGGAUAAAGGAUGCAUGUGUAGUAUUUUUAUUUUGAAGGGAAAAUGUACAAUGUGUGAACAAAAACAUUAAGAGAUUUAAUACACUAUUUUCUUAUUUUAGAUUUUUACAUUCAAUAAGUAUAAAUUCUCAUCUAUAUAAGGUAUUGUGUGCAAAUGUGGGGAAAAACUGAUUAGUAGUCAUUUAGCAGAAGCUAUGCCUCUGAUUUUUAAAAAAUGGUUUCGAUCUAGUUUAAGCUUCUGAGAGAAUUUUGGAUAGUGGGAUAGAUGGUAACAUUUUUUUUCUUAUCCCUGUUAUAGGAUUCUAGAUUUGUGCAGUAGGAUUGUGGGACUUUGUUUUAGGAGAGAAGGAUGUCUUGGAUGUCCAGUUUCUGUGGUUGAUCCCUUACUUUCUUACCCAGUGACAGCAAGAAACUUUCUGAUUUAAAGUCUUUCGAUUGACCAGAACUUUCUUAUUGGAUUCUGCUUCAGUUCUCCUAUUAAGCACUGCAGAAACAAAAGGAAAGCCUAGGAAUAUGAAACUAAUUAAAAAGGCACUUGGUGAUAUGACAUAGUACUAUGCUAGCCACUGUGGAUGUGACAGUUCAUUUCUUAUACUGCACUGUGCCUUCCCAAUGAUGUCAAACCCUAGAAAUAUUACAGAGAUCUACUUUUCUGGAAAAGGGUGAGCUCUGUGUUGAUCUGCAGUGACUCUGUUUAGAUAUUAAAGUAGAUUCUGAAAAGCGACCUGUGUGGUCCAUCUGAUUAGACUAGAUAAUGUCUAUGUGAUGGGCAUUUAUUUAUCUUUAUUAGCAAGGUUUAAAAGAGCAAAUUAUCAAGACACCUGUAUCUUUUGGCCAGACUAUAUAAUAUUUUGUCAGAGUAUGUGAAGAGGAGACCCAAUUUCCAAAUGAAGGAACUUUGCUUUUUCUCUGUCAUGUUGAAGAGCUAAUAUACUGUGUAGAUGAUAUUUUCCCCUAAAUAUGGCUUUCUUAGCUUUAUAUAUGUUGAGAUAAUAUCUUUUGAGGAACACAUGUCAAGCAGGAACCUUGGCAUAGAUUUGGUUUCAGUUGUUUUAAGGCUUAAUUAAUGAAAUGCCUUAUUCAGCUUUCCAAACAUUUUUAUAUAUGAAUACAGCAGACCAAGGAGCUGGAUCUCCUGCUAUCCUUACAUGCCUUGUAUCUAUCAACUAAAGCUGUCAUUAAUGACUUGGGCAAAAUGGCAAGAGGUAUAAUAAAAUCUUCCUGUGAAUUAGCCAUUAGGGUCUGACACAACUAGUCAACUAACAAGGUUCCUGACUAGUACCUCAGUAUUUCAGUACCUUAAGCACUGAUAAAUUUCACUCAGUCAACAAUAAAGUGAGUGUUCCAACUAGA